GCCGCGAUUACACGCGGAUCACACGCAGAUUAUGAUCGCGGAGUUCGCGUCAACGGAUCACGAUUGAACCGCGUCACCGAACAGAACCGGCGCGUUCGGCGAGAGGCUUUAACCGGGAGAUUGUCAUCUGGUUUAAGUAGCACUCUAGUGGCUAACUCCACUAGCGCGCGGACAGCGGAAAUUAACACUUCCGAUCGAGCUGAUCGAUCAAUCAAUGAUCAUGGAGCGGAAGAGGACGGAUUGCCCGGCGCUUCCACCCGGCUGGAAGAAGGAAGAAGUGAUCCGGAAGUCCGGGCUGAGCGCUGGGAAGAGUGAUGUGUAUUAUUACAGUCCUACAGGAAAGAAGUUCAGGAGUAAGCCGCAGUUGUCCCGUUACCUCGGCAACACUGUGGAUCUGGGAUGUUUCGACUUUCGCACGGGCAAAAUGAUGCCUGGCAAAAUGCAGAAGAACAAACAGAGACUGCGCAGCGACAACCUCAACAUGAUAAAGGGGAAGCUGGAUCUGAACACCGCUCUCCCCAUCAGACAAACAGCAUCCAUCUUCAAGCAGCCCGUCACUAAAGUGGUCAGUCAUCCAAACAACAAAGUGAAAACAGACCUGCAGAAAGCCACAGAACAACCUCGACAGCUCUUCUGGGAGAAGCGUUUGAAGGGUUUGAGAUCUUCAGAUGUGACGGAGGAAGUGCUCAGGACUAUGGAGCUGCCCAAAGGUUUACAAAGUAUCGGCCCAGACUCGUCAGACGAGACACUUCUUUCAGCGAUCGCGAGUGCACUACACAUGAGCUCAGCUCCAAUCACCGGCCAGACGUCCACAGCGGCGGAGAAGAACCCCGCCAUUUGGCUCAACUCCUCGCAGCCACUGUGUAAAGCCUUCACUGUCACCGAUGAAGACAUCCGGGAGCAGGAGCUGAAGGUCCAUCAGGCCCGCCGCUGUCUGGAGGAUGCUCUGAUGGCCGACAGUGUGGCUCGAGCUGCUGAAUCCACCAGAGACAUGAAGGGACGAGCGGCAUAAAGAUCACUGCAGAUUUCUCUGUGCACUGGAGUCACCCACCCACCCACCUCAGUGGACUUCCCCAAAACGAUGAUGUCAUCAGUCUGCAUCAACAGCAGCUGAAUCGAGAACCCAAAUAGCUUCAACCAAGGCCUUUUCAUCCAGAGCAAAUAUGUUCCUGUACAUAUCUACAUAUAAUUGAGAACAAUGCUUAUUUUGUGUCCGAGAGACGUUAUUAGACAUUAAAGCUUUUUAUGCGGGCAACUACGGAGCGAUACUUAAUCAAAUCAGGUUACCGUUUGCUAUAUUUGUAUUGUACAUUUGUGUUUGGUGUCGUUGAUUGUACGGGAUGUGCUCUCUUCAGGGUUUGUAACAAUUGUAAUGCAAUUGCAACGUUUGAAUGAAAACGGCUUAUUUAAGAAAAGAUUUUAUACCUUGAGAUUAAUGUGUGCAUUUCUUGCCUCAUUCUACAGGAAAUAAAUGAUUAUAUU